AGGGCCAGAGAAGCAUGACGUCCACAAUGCGUCAGAUGGCACCUACCACUCUGCGUCGUCCCGGUCGGCCGCGGAUCACGUGACUGCGUCCAGCCAAUCAGCAUCUUCCAGUGAUACCACGACAACUGCGUUCACCGCUGUGACUGGUGCUGGGGCAGGUGCCACAGGGCAGUCUGGCUCGCAAACAAACUCGAGCCGUUCCAGCAGUCACCUGCCACCGUCCAGUGAAAGCUCCGGCACUUCACUCGGCAGCAGCAGCACUGCCACCACCACUACUAGGCGCCCACCGGCCACCCAGUAUCGGCAAGCCCUUGAGCAAGCACGCAGGGGCACGAAAAGCAAGCUCAAGACGAGCUGGCAAAGCUACCGCCAAGUACACUGCUGCCCGCAAGGCCGGCGUCGCCGCGGACGAGCCACGCACGGGCGCCACGGCAACAGAUGCUGCAGCAUUUUCCGCCGGCAAGGCAACCGACAAAGCCGUCGGCGUCGACGCAGAGCCUGCUGCCGCCGGCACCGAGGGCGGUGACUCCUCGGCCAUCGCUGUAUCUGCUCAGGCGGCCACAUUCAGUCAGGCAAUGAUGGACGCUCACACGGCCGUGGGUAAGGCCGUGGCAAAGGCAUGGCUCGGUCUGACCGAUAGCGCCACCACCACCACCACCACCGGUACCGACGGUGGCAACAGCGAGACCAGCACUGCCCCGGCAGGAAUAUCACCGAGCAGCGGUAGCACGGGUAGAUCAUCCGUCGGUCUCGACGCCGAUGCCACCGGUGUCUCGGCGGCCACCAUCACGGGUAGUUUAUCUCCGGGGUUGCAGCGUAAGAGGAAGAAAAUGGUGGACGACUGCGAUCUUCCCGCUGAUACCACCACAUCCCAGUCGACAACAACAACAACCCCAGUAAUAGCAGCAACAGCUACAGCAGCAGCCAUGGCCACCGAGGCGACACCGUCUACUCCAACAGCAGAAGAAGUGGCAAGAACUGUGGACACCGGAGCAACAAUAACAGCAACGAAAGCCACAGCCACUGCAGAAACAACAACAAUAGCCACCGCCACUUCAGCCACGGAAACAACAAUAGCAACCACAGAUGCCUUAGCAACACCAUCAGCACCAACAACAGCACCAACAGCGGCAACAGCAACACCAACAGCGGCAACACCAACACCAACAGUGGCAACAACAGCACCAACAGCGGCAACAACAGCACCAACAGCGGCAACAACAGCACCAACAGCGGCAACAGCAACAACAGCACCAACAGCGGCAACAACAGCACCAACAGCGGCAACAGCAAUAAUAACAGCAGGAACACUAGACAAAUCUACUGAUCUCACCCAGCAGACACAGACCGGGAAAGAAGGACAGGAACAAGUGAUGGCCGACAAGGAAGCCGCUCAUCUCAAAACAACUGCAGCUUCCGCUUCCUCGGGUGACAGCCAACCCUUGGGUGGCAAGCCGAGUGUUGAAGCGGACGCUUCUCGGGCAACACCACCGCUCACCACUGCUGAUAUUAAGUCUGCUUCUUGUGCAGUGGGGAGUAGAUCGCAGCCAGAUUCCACCAGCACACUAGCCGCUGUAACACCCACCACUACUGCCACAACGCAGGGACAGGUCGACACGCUGCAGUCCGUAACAACAACUGCGCGACAAGAGGAAAGCAAACCUGCAGCCAUUGGCCAGCCGAGCUCGGCGAAAACGAGCAGUAAACGUGCGUCCACCGCUAAGCGUGUAAACAUCGGAAAGAUUAGCGGCACGUUUGCCACCCUUCCCAUGCAGCAUAUCAAGAAAGUGGCGGCGAGGAAAAGCGAAGCGGCGAGCGAGUAUUUUCCGACAUCGACGUCGGCCCCUGUUGUUGGUGGUGGUCGCUCCGUGCAUGCGUCACCCGCAGUGAGCUCUCCCAGCAAGACAGUAGCGGGGGUGACUGCAGUGACGACGUUGCCAAGCUCUGGCGGUGUCACCACUGCCAACAGCAUCAGCACCAGUAGCACCACCAGCACCACCACCAGCAGCACCAGCAGUAGCAGUGGCAGCCUGCCUGGAGAAAGCAGUGCGUCUAGCGGUGCAAGCAGUAUCAGCAUUGGCACUGGAUCAGGCAGCAGCAGCAGCAAAGCCACCAGCCCUGCCUCCGCCAUUGGCACCACGACUACCUCUGCCACUACCACCACCACAACCACCACCAGAAGCAGCAGCAGCAGCAGCAGAAGAGAACCCACGAGCAGCAGCAGCAGCAGCAGUGUUACCACCAUGAUCUCCAGCAAUGAUAGCCAUACCCGCAGCGUGCCCAUCAGCAGUGUACCUGACAGUAACAGUAGCGAUACCACUGGCAUCAGUGCAAGGGGAAAAUCAUCAUCGUCAUUAUCAGCAGCAGCAGCAGCACCCGCAGCAGCAGGAGUGCUAGCCGCUACGGAAUCACCAAUGGCAGUGGUGUCCUCGACGCCAUUGACAUCGAGCUUGGCACCGGCGACAACAUCGAAAGUAACAACAGCAGCGACAACUACAGCAGUAGAAACAUCAUCAUCGUCAUCAACAGCAGCAGCACAACCAACAGCAGCACCCCCAACAACACAACCAACGACAGUACAGCUUACAGCAUCACCGCCAACAGCAGCGCAGUCAACAGCAAUGCAAGCUGCAGUAUCACCAAGCCUAGCAACAACAACCCCGUCAGUUAGAGCAGGAACGGCCACAGUAGCAACAGCAGCAGAUGACCAGUCCACCACUGCAGCGGCAGCACCAGCACCAGCAAUCAUUCUCCAUGAUCCGGCCACCGGCAAACAGUACAACACGAUUGUCGAGUACCUGGAGCUGGACAAACUGAACGAAACUCUGGAACGACUGCCGGGAGAAAUGGUUGCCGAGACGAUGCACAUCAAACGCGAGGUAGAGCAGUUCUCGGCAGCUGUGGACGCUGCCAUGUCGGAAGCAAUGGAAGAAGCCCUGAUCAAGCUCAACGAAGUGUCCGUCAACGACUCACCAGAACUGCAUUCCGCGUUCAGCGGACGUCUGGCGGCGUUGGUCGAUAACAUCACGGAGCACGGCGAGCUACUUGCUGCACGUGUAGCCGACGGUCCUGCCGAGCGUCGCAUGGCCAGCGCAGCUGCUGUGGACAGCACGGCUGUGCCUUCUUCAGGCGCUGCCUCGGCCGGUGCAGCGCAUGCUGCCGUAGCUAACACCGACGGCGGCGUGACGACAACGACGACAACAGCGGCAAAGGCGUCUGCUUCAUCGGCCGCUUCGUCGGCCGCCUCUCCUGCUCAUGCAAGCAAGGCUGGCAGUGCGACUUCCCCGACAGGCGCCCGUACUGUGACUGGCGCGAGCAACGCUGCACCCUCUGCCGACAGAACCAGUAGUGGCGGCGCUAAAGCAACUGUAGGAAAGGCAGCAGCGACAACAGUAGUACCAACAGCAACAACAACAGCACCAACACCAGCAUCAGCAGCAGCAACAGGCAGAGCCAGCAGUGGUGGCACGAAAACAACUGGAGGCAAAGCAGCACCAGUAGGCAGUGGCGGCAGUAAGGUGGUCGCGUCGGCGAAGAAGAAGAAGAGCAAGGGUGGUGCGGCAUCUUGAACGCACUGCUCGCCUUCACCAGGCUGGGGGUGUGUAUUUCGUGGACAUGGCUACAAUCAGCUGAAAGUGGAGCUGCCUUUGACAUCCGUGGAGUCAGCUGAUAGUGAAGGUGUCCUUAUUGAUGCUGGUGAAGUGAGCUGAGAGUGGAGCUGUCCUUAUUGAUACUGGAGUAGUCGGCGUAGAGUGGAGCUGUCAUUGAAACCGGAGUGGAGCACGAUGAAUAGCUGUGAUGCCGUGUUGUUGCUCAUACUGCACUGUGCUGGUCUGCGCUGCAAGCACUCACGGCAAGCUCUCCAUAACUGCACCUCUGCACAGGUUGUGUCUUUCAUACCAGUCCUGUGAAGCUAGGAUUGGAAAUGCUCAACUGGUUUUAUUCAGCACACAAUCUGCUUUCCACCAGUCUCUAACACAAGCACUGGAAUCUGUCUUGAGGCAGUGUAAACGCAUAAUUAUCAUCUGUUUCUCUGCAAUGGCAACCCGGACAUCUUUCUCUCACUACUCCACAGGAUAGCAUAUUUGACGUGGGUGUUCCCUGCGUGGAAAUACACCACUGCUCAUACUGGAGUAGAAAUCAAGCAGUAUAACACCUGCUUCUACCUUUUCAGUUCAGGUUGCUCUUACAUUUCAACCCUGCCGGUUCACUGGAUGAGCAUCAUCAGCGUGUGCUCCAAGUGUUUCCAUGCUCGCCUAUACACUAGUAGCUGAAGUACUGUUUUCACAGCAGUGCCUGCCAACCGUGAGUGCUCUUUGUGAAGUACUGUUUUCACAGCAGUGCCUGCCAACAGUGAGUGCUCUUUGUGAAGUACUGUUUUCACAGCAGUGACUGCCAACAGUGAGUGCUCUCAUGCAACAUCACACUAGACCCUGGUUUAGAAAUUAACCUGGCUGGGCGUCACAAUGUUCGCGCUGGGAAAUAGCAUCGGCGUCUCGGUGUGCUUGGUGACAUUGGUGGGUGAGAUAGUUUCGUGAGGUGAGUUGACCAAGCUGUGAUAACUCUCAGUUUGAGCAAUGGCGGCAUAUUGAGCUAGCUCACUGUUUUUUGUUGUUGUUUUUUUUUACGAGAAACCACGAACCUCGAGAACAGAAUACUGCAUGAUAGAGGUGGUUUACUGUGUCGCCGUUGAUCCCGCUCACGUUCCACAUAGCACAGAAACAUGUUGGAAAUGUGACGCCAUUACUUCACUGAAUGGAUUCUCAUGUUUAUCAUUAUGUCAUCCUGUCUUGUGUAUGAGGUCAUUGUGAUGAUCUCUGGGUAUGCAGUGACAUGCUUCUCUACACACUUCCGUUGAUUGAGUUAGCUUCCAGAUGGCUAAGAUGAUUAUUUUGCCUUUCCGGGUCUCGUGCAAGGAUCUAGCGUUGCUAUGACGUUGGCAUGCACUGGGUGCACAGCACCACUCAGGCAUGCUCAUGUGCAUUGUGCAGGCUGCAGGGGUUUCCCCCUGGCAUGUCCAUGACGUUAUGACUUUUGAUAUUGACUUCGUCAUGAAAUUGAAUACGGAGCCCGUUGGGAAUCGUCUUAUCUAUCCAAGACUGAGAAUUUAAUUUGAAGUACUGAAGUAUUUCUUGCCGGUUAUCGCCGUUAGUUGCGAUUGAAACUAUUACUUUUAGGGAGCGUUCAUUCCUGGCCUUCAUGCUCAUACAUACGUCAACACUUUCUGCUGGGUCUUGUUACGCGAAAGGCCGCGUGUUCCUUGGCAUGUUCUCCACAUUAUUUCGUUUAUUCUUAGUUUCUAGCUUUUUUCCUUUCCAAUUUCUACAUUUUCAUUCUCAAAGCGCCUACACAUUGUACACGAUACACUGCUAUCAGCGAUAGUCGCUUUUUUACCGAAACUCUUGCAGUUGUUUUAGCCUUAGAUUUAAAUUUCCAGCUCUUCCUCCCAGCUAUGUUUUAUGUCACUUCACUCCAAUUUUCGAGGUUUUUUUACCCCAUCUU